UCUUCCUCCUAUUUCUCUCUGGAUUUCGGCGUUUACAGCGUGUUUGUGAGUUUCGCUCUUAAACGAUUCGGAUUGAAGAAAGUGUUGAAUGAAAGAAAUGGAUAAAUUGCUGUUCUGAGAAGAGAGAUGUUGUGCUUCUAUGCAUCUCAAAGGCAAUUAUGAAUGAGAGAUAGCUAAUAAAGUGAAUGGUGGGUAAUUUAAUACUCUGGUUCAAUAGCUAGUAAUUCAGAGUAGAGACUGAUGCUAGGUGACUCUUGCUGCUGAUCUUAACUGAGACGUGGUUCACUUAGAUUCUUACGAUUCUAAGUUAUAUUAGUUCCGUUUAAUUGUCAGCUCUGGCAAUGCUCUGGUUAGAUAAGUCUGAAUGUUGAAUUUGCAAUCACAUCCUGAACUUUUGCUCCAUCUUCUUCAGCGUUUUAAUGGAUAUGCUAGUAAGUGCUCGAAACAGGUCGAACAAGUUCAUUCCUUGUUAAUUACCCAUGGUUACCUUCUCAUCAGAGAUCUAUGGGUUAAUACUCUCCUAUAUAAUACUCUCAUCAGAACAUAUCUAAACCUUUCUAGACCCCACACUAGCCUCAGCCUCUUCAGGGAGAUGCUUCACAAUCAGGCUGCUCCUAAUAGCUACACUUUUCCUUCUGUUCUUAAGGCCAUUGCUUCUUCUCUCUCAAAGUCAUAUGGUACAUCACAAAUAGGUUACUCUUUACAUGCACAAUGUGUUGAAAGAGGCCUGCUAGGUGACCCUUUUGUCCGUACAUCAUUUCUUUCUCUUUAUUCACAAUUUGGUGAUAUAAGGAGUGCACAUAAGGUCUUUGAUGAGAUACCUCAACCAUGCAUUGUUUCAAAUAAUGCGAUGCUUGAUGCAUUUGGAAAAAGUGGCAACAUGGAUUUGGCUAUUUCGAUGUUCUUUAGCAUGCCAAAGAGAGAUGUUUAUUCAUGGACAAGUAUCAUCAAUGGCUAUGCACAAAGUGGGUGCUUUAUGGAGGCAAUUAAGUUUUUUACGGAAAUGAUGAGAGAUGAGGAUGUAAUUUGUGGCUUUUUAAGGCCGAGUGAGGCCACUUUUGUAAGUGUCCUCUCUUCAUGUGCGAAUUCGGAUGAUGGGUCAAUGUUAUAUCAAGGAAAGCAGAUUCAUGGAUACAUGGUUAGGAUUGAGAAGGAGUUGAGUGUUUUUAGUGGAACAGCAUUGAUAUCGUUCUAUGGGAAAAUGGGCUGCCUAAGUUAUGCUUUUCAAGUGUUCAAUGGCAUGUCCGUGAAAAAGGUAUGUGCAUGGAAUGCUAUGCUAUGUUCAUUGGCUUCAAAUGGCAGGGAAAGUCAGGCUCUAGAGAUGUUUGAGAAGAUGAAGAGCUCGGGGUUGUGUCCUAAUGAAGUUACAUUUGUGUGUGUCCUAUCAGCUUGUGCUCGGGCUAAACUUGUGGACUUAGGCAUGGAAUUGUUUCAGGCAAUAUCUCGUGAUUUCGCCCUUAAACCAACAAUGGAACAUUAUGGAUGUGUGGUUGAUCUAUUGGGCAGAGCUGGCCUUCUAAAAGAGGCAUAUGAGUUUGUGAGAAGCAUGCCUUUUGAGGCUGAUGCCUCUGUAUUGGGUGCUCUUUUGGGUGCAUGUAGGGUUCAUGGGGAUGUUGAUUUGGGAAAUGAAAUCGGCCGACGGUUGCUUGAAUUGCAACCCGAACAUUGUGGACGGUAUGUUCUGCUGUCCAGCAUUUAUGCUGGGGCAGAGAUAUGGGACCAUGCUGCUGCCUUGAGGAAAGCAAUGGUGCAUGCUGGAAUUCAUAAGAUUCCAGCAAUUAGUAUGGCUGAUUAAAAGUUAAAUCUGGUUGUGGUUUUUGAUGCUUCUCUAUGCACAAUUUUGUUUUAGGAUGAACAGAUAACCUUGAGGUUGUCCUUCAAGCUAAAGAUGCGCAUGGGAUAUUCACUUUUUGGUGUUUUCUUGAGAUUUUACACUCAAAAUCAAUUUUCAUGAUUUGGAACAAUGCUUUCAAACUCCUCAAGAUAAGGAGAGAGUGAGAGAGAUGUCAGCUUGUGAAAAUGUUGUUGCUGGCAAGCUGAGGCUGAAGGGCAAAGCUUUGAAUGCGAGGAACGCAGGCAUCAGAAAGAAAAGGAAGCACAGAAACAGAAAUAUCCUAUCAUAUCAUGCUGGUGGGAAUGUUCAAUCGACAGAUGAAAACAACGCGUUGGUAUCAGAUAUAAAACGUAUUGUGAUGGAAAUGGAGACGAGGACGCUACAUGGAACAGCUGCAAAAAAUCUAGCUGGAGAGACUUGCUGCUAUGAGGUCUCACCGUGAUCGUAUUGAGGAAUAGCUAACCCGAGUGAGCACUAUGACCAAAGCGGGGCCUGGCUAACCACCAUUAUUCCUCUUCACUCGUGGAAAACUCGAGUUCUUUGUUUUUACUUAGCUCUGUUGUUUCUACAGAAGUCUCACCCAACUUCUGCAUUCUAUAUUUAGAACUUCGAUUUUUUUCUUUGACGAAAUAAGAAAGUGGAAUUAUAUGGUA